CUGAACCCCUUCGUACAAGGUGAGUCCGCCCCUGCCUCUGAUAAAACAACAUGCACAUAUUGUGCGUUUUCCUUUUUUUUUUUUCUUUUUCUUUUUCCUCCGCACUCUUUCAUCUCUUCUUCUUCUGCUGUGUCUUGAGGCAUACGCAACAAUGGCACCCAGAGGCAGACCCAGAAAGCGAUUAGGCCGAAUAGACGCAGCAAUUGAUGCCAUGACAUCUUUCGGCUUUGAUGAAUCGCUAGUUCGGGAAACUGUGAAUAAACUCCUCAAGGAAUACGGCGGAAAUGAGGGAUGGGCCUUUAUUGAGGAUUGUGGCUACAAAGAACUCAUAGAAGCUAUACUUCGCGAUCUAGAGAGCAAUGAUGAAAGCACUACUAAUUUACAAGAGGGUGUCUCCUCACAAGAUGAAAGAGCAGUAGAACCUGCUUUACCAUGCACCAUUAGUCCCUCCAGCACUCUUGGUGAUUUCUCAUGCAAUGAAGCUGGCAAUACUGUAGGAGAAACAGCAUGCUCUGAGCUUGUCAAUGCAGUAGGAGAACCAACACACGAAAAGCUUUGCAGCAACAGAAAAGACAUUAGCAAUACUGAAGUAUUUUGUUCCCUGCCAGCUGAAGGAGAUGGAAAUAGCUGGAAAGAUGUAGGGGAGGACCAAAUCUCUACCCAGAAGGAGACAGCUGAUGCUGUUUGCCCUGAUGGUCGAAAUUUUGGGAAUGAAGUGCAACCCGGGAGCAAUGCUCAUGUUUUUGCUCUACCUCCAACUCAUUCCCCAUGCCCAGUUAAAUAUCUCAAAAUUUGUUCUGAGAGUCAAGUGCAAUCAAGGAGUUUCUCUUUUGUUUCUAGUCCACUUCCAACUCCUUCCCUAUGCCCAGUUAGACGUCUCCCUCCCCCUGCUGAUCAUCACCCCACAGCUCUUCCUUCCUCAAAGGGUUUCUCCUCACAAGAUGAAAGAGCAGUAGAAGACACUGCUUCAGAAAGCACCAUUGGCCCCUCGAGCACUCAUCUUGAUUCCACAUGCAACAAAGCUGGCAAUACUUAGGAGAAACAGCAAGCACUGUGCUUGUCAAUGCAGUAGGAAAAUCAACAUACGAAGAGCUUUGCAGCAACAAACAAGACAUUGGCAGUAGUGGUAAGGAGCUUAGUGCCUGUUCUAGUUCUGCUUCUGGAAUUGUGUCUAUGACUAUGGAGUAGCUAUUUAGCUGCCAAGCAACGGAAACUAGUUUAACAAAACAUUCGGUCCAACUAAUGCAUCAUAACAUUAACAUGCAUCCUAGUCAGAAGUAUUAAGUGUCCUGCCAGCUGAAGGAGAUGGAAAUAGGUGGAAGGACAUAGGGGAGGACAAGACCUCUACCCAGAUGGUUGAUGGUGGAAGUGAAGUGCAAGCAGGGAGUGACUAUCAUGUUACCACUCCACCUCCAACUUCUUCCGCGUGCUCACUACUUACUAAUCUCCCUCCCCCUGCAACUCUUCCUUCCUCAAAGCGAGUUUGCCUUGAGCCACCAAGAAGGCGCGUUCCUUGUUAUGGCUGGAUUGAAAGCGAUGAUGAAGAAGAUGCCGAUGACUUCAUACAAUUACCACCAAUGAGACCAACAAUAAAUGCAUAGAGAUAGUACGACACAAAUUGUUGACUUGAAAGUUGAAACCAACGGAUCCCCUUUGAGAUUGGUUUUGCAAUUUAACGCUGUAGCACAAUUUGGUUUUAUUUUAUUUUUCUUUUUGAGUUGUUUUAUUUUACUUUUUAUGACUAUUUGACUUUGGUUACAGGAAAACAAAACGGGUUGUUUCCAGAAACGAGUUUUAUUAAGUAUUUGAUUGUUCUGUUUUA